UAUAUUGUUAGUUCAUUAUUAAUUCUAAAACCGAAAGGCAUGGAAGUGGAGAUAAUAUCAAGUGAAACUAUCAAACCAUCUUCUUUUCCACAAUCUCUUCAUCUAAAAUCCUUCAAACUAUCAGUUCUUGAUCAACUCUCUCCCUUCACUUACACUUCUCUUGUCUUCUUCUACACUCUCAACAAUGAAGAAUUAUCCAAUGAAGACACUGCUCUCCAUCUUUCACAACCCCUCAAAACCUCCUUAUCUAAAGCCCUCUCCGCCGAUUUCUACCUUCUCGCCGGCACCAUCAAACACAACAAACAAAUCCUCGCCAAUGGUGUCGGAGCUCUUUAUCAAGUUGCCAGAGUUCAGGGUGCCAUGUCUAAGGUUUUGAACCAACCAAGCUUCGAGUCGUUGAGUCAACUCCUCCCUUUUCGAUCUCUACAGAUCAUGUCAUCGUCGACAAAGGAAGCAAUAUAUCCUCAAGUCGCCGUCCAACUCAACGCCUUCAACGGCGGCGGGGUGGCCGUGGGGGUCUGUUUUUUACACAAGAUCAUCGACGGGACAACACUGAGCGGGUUUCUAAGGCGGUGGGCCGCGGUGGCCGGAGGGUCAGCCGCCGAAGAGAAAGGAGGAGAGGGAGUGGCGGAAUACACGGUGGGGGCAGAGGCUUUCCCCGGACGAGAUUCAUUGCUGGGAAACUCAUGGCUUUCAAAAGGAUAUUCACCAUUUGUGGGUGAAGGAAUUAGGAUAAAGAGAAGAAGGUUUGUGUUUGAAGGAGAUGCCAUUUUAGAGCUUAAGGAGGAACUAAUGAAAUGGAAAGAUGUGAGGAAUCCCACAAGUGUUGAACUGGUUACUGCUUUCAUAUGGAAGUAUUUGAUGAUAGCGGCAAGAAAAAGAUCAUCGGGUUCUCAACAAAUUUCUUCGGUAUUGACUCAUGCAGUGGACCUACGAAGAAGAAUGGCACCACCAUUACCACCAACCUCCAUGGGAAACAUUUUGUGGAGUGCAGUUGCUCAUUACGACUCAACAGACGACGUAGAGAUAGAACUGAGCAAGCUCGUCAAUCUUCUUUGGGAAUCAUUUACCGAGAUCGACAACAAGUUCAUACAAGAAAUGGAGGGAGAAGAAGGGUUUCAAACAAUUUCAAAAUGGUUCAUGAGGAUGCAAGAGCUUUAUUCUUCGAAGCCAUAUGCAUAUGGAUUUACAAGUUGGAGAAAUAUGGGACUAAACGACAUCGAUUUCGGGUGGGGAAGACCUUCGUGGGUCAGCUUUGCAGGACCUGAAAAUUCAGUGCUGAAAAAUAUUGUUGUGUUGAAGGAAGACAAUUUGGGAGAUGGAAUUGAAGCAUGGAUCAUGUUGGAUGAGGAUGAGAUGAACAUAUUGGAAAAUGAUCAACAAUUCCUUGCUUUUGCUUCUUAUAAUCCAACUAUCUAUUUAGGUUAAGCGAUCGAAAUUAUCUCUUUGUUAAUUGUUAGUAUUGUAUUAUUAUUUGUUAAUCAGCUAGUUUAGUGUGUUGAUCUAAUGUAUUAGAAAAAAUUCUGUGAUAUUUAAAAUUAGAAAAAGAAUCAGUUUUAAAGUGUA